CCAAUUCCUGUUCGUUCACGCGAUGGUAGUGAGAGAACGCGCGGACAACAUGUAGCAAAAGUUAGAGGCUGCGAACGUUAGUUCAGUAAUGCAACUUUGUUCCUUACUCUCCCGGCGUUAAGAGUGUAUGAAGCUGUGGGAGGGCAUGUUUAACUAAACAUGGAGAUAUUUAGAGACGAGACGGAGUUUACGGACAUUCAUAUGGUCCAAAGGGUUGUGGAUAUGUUUGAGGGACGUCCUCGUUUUCAAAGGAUUGUAAGAUGUGGCCUUCUUGGUAUGGAAUACAGCGAUGACCUAGAUGAUACAGGUGAUGAUGACUUUGGAAUGGGCCGCUGGGUACACAAUCCUAGCAAUUUCCAUGGAUACCCGAGGCUCUCUGACAUGAGAAGUGAUAGAGGAUUUAGUGGGAACCAUACAAGGUCAUCCAGAUCUGUUAGUCAGCCUCCUCUGAAUUAUUACUCAUCAGCUUGUGACCUUCCUCAUCUGCACUCUGUUAAAGUUCAGGCAAAAGAGAGCGAUACUGGGGGAAAGACCAGAUUAAUACAAGAGACGAAAAAAAGCAAAGAAAGGGCUGAGAAGAAGCGGCUUAAGAAACUGAAACGGAAGGCAAAAAAACAGCGCGAGAAGCUGGAGAAGGAAAAACAGAACUCCAUAAAAAGUGAAGAGGGAAAAGACAACACACAGGAGUCUGAGGCAGAGGAGAGUAAAGCAGUUAAUGACAAAUCUGAAGAUGAUACAGAUUCCGGUGUUAAACAGUCGGCUUCAGCUAAAGAUACAGACAGCAGCGACAGCAGCGAGGACGAGUCCAGUGAUGAAGAUAGCGACACCAAGGAUGACUCGUGUGACUUUGAGGAACUGGAUAUGACAAGUACUUUUGUUACUAAGGCUGCUCUCAUAGCCAAGCGUAAAUCAGAGCAGAAAGCCAAGUCUGAGAAGAAGGAGAAAAAGAAGAUUCCGGUUAAAGAACAUAAAACUCUGCCUGACAAACCUAAUGAAGACCCAGAGGUUGAAAAGAAGGAUUCUGCUGCAUCUAUCACCCCCACCUUUGAAGAUAAUAUAAAAAUAAGUACUGAGCUUGCAGUUAUCGGAAAUGAGUUUGCGAGUUCUGGAGACUUUAAUAUGGCUGUGAAGUAUUUCACAGAUGCAAUUAAGUACAACCCUACAGAGUUUAAGUUGUUUGGCAAUCGUUCCUUCUGUUUUGAAAAGAUGCAAGAAUAUGAGAAGGCGCUGACGGAUGCAGAGCUGUGUCUCAACAUCUGUCCAGGCUGGGUUAAAGGCCUGUUCAGGAAGGGCAGAGCUCUAGCUGGUUUAAAGAGGUAUGAGGAGGCUGCCCAAGCCUUCAGGGAGGUUCUCAAACUGGACAGUUCAUAUGCAGAAGCUGCCCAGGAACUAAUGCGGGUGCAGAUAACACAACUAAUGGAGUAUGGUUUCUCUCGGGAGCAGAGCUCAAAUGCUUUAAUUAUUCAUGGGACAGUUAAAAAAGCGCUAGAGGUGCUGUCCACACUAAACCAUCCACCAGGAGCUGUUAAUACAAAUCUCCCACCAGCUCAAGUAGUGAAUGUCAGCGGAGUGUCUCCAGUCCUUUCAGCCAACACAAACCCUGCUUCUGCUGCUCCCUCUUAUCGUCAUCAUUCCCAGGACAGAUCAAAACCAUCACUCAAGAACAAACCUUUAGGCCCAGUUCAGAAUAUGUCAAAUGUCCAGAGUCAGCCAAAGCCCAUUCCCAAUCAGGCCACGAAGAGCGUCAAUGACGACAGGCAACCACCACCGGAGCUGUUUCCAGUUUGGGUGGGAAACCUGAUUUACCCAGUAUCUGAGUCUGCCAUAACUGACCUGUUUAGCAAGGCUGGGGCUGUCUACAGUGUGAAGGUUCUGGUUUACAAACGAUGUGCCUUCGUAAACUUCACAAAACAAGAAUAUUGUGAUGAGGCAAUCCGCCGCUUUCAUGGCUAUGAGCUGAAUGGUAUCAAGAUAGCUGUGAGAUACCCCGACAGGAUUCCUCAUGGCAUGGGCAUCUCAAAAUCUGCUCUCAAGGCUGAUGACCUGCAAGAUGAAAAUAUGAGGUAUAAUGCAGUUGGAAGCCGAAGACCUGUUCGCUCUUAUAGACCUGGCUCCAACCACAAAGGCAGCCACAACAACUGAAAGGAAACAAGGUGCCUUAGAGCUUCACUGGGUUUGAAAUAUCUGAAUAAAAGCAGCAUCACUUAUACUGUCUAGCACAGAUUUAUCAGUGGUACCUGUAGACGUUGCCUUCUCUUGAAGUAGUAUCUGUGUUUUUAGUGGACCACACAAACCAAUGUUUAGUGGUAGAUUUUUUUUAAGAGAGGCUGUAUUAGUCAAUAGAAAUGACUCUAACUUAUCUAAAGAGAUGAACAUCUUAUACAGUGUUUUUGACCAAAAGUAAAAACCUUAUCAGGUAUUAACAAAAACUUUUUGCUGCCAAGAUUGUUAAAGCCUUACUGGUAUAAAAAGGACUGUUAUUAUUGGUAUUUUAAAUAUAAUUAUGAAGGAAUAUCAUUUUGUAAUUUACAUAUUUACUUGAGGGUUUGUUGUAAACUGAGAACAUUCAUCUAACAGAUUCUAAAGUUUACAACAAAAUAUAGUCCACAACUUUAGCUGGUUUGGUUUAGUGCUAACAUAAUUAUAAAUGUGUUCAAUUAAUUUUUUUUCAUUCCUAUUAUGGUAUUAACACUGGGCCCCAAAAUCCAGUAAUCACGUUAGCUCCUAAAAAGUACUACUUUUUUUCUCCAAUUCAAUGUUUGUUUGUUUUUCUACAUUUGUUAUACAUACUGAGAUGCAGAAAUCAUUAUUGGUAUCCUUAUUAAUGAUGCUGAACUUAUUUACCUAUCGUGAAAUUUACAAAAAGGUAUUACAAGAGCCUCACAUUUACAGCCUGUAUCUAUUACUCAUUGUAGCUUUAAUACACCAAAAUCCAAUUUGUCUGUAAACAAUUGUUAAAAGCCUCCAUUAUACAACAGGCACUGUUUUGUUGCAUACCUAUAAACUGUUAAACUGACUGUGGUUGAUCAUGGUUUGGCAUAUUCUAUGUUCUUUUAUUCAACUGCCUUCAUGUAUUAUGGAGUUUUUUUUUAAUUCAAGAAUUAAAGAUUCUUUCAUCUUCACA